UAUUUUUUCAAUCAAAUACUGGUACCAAGAAAGAAUAUCAAAAUGGUAAAUGAAACGGAAUUUUGGACUGAAAUACGAAAAGACAUACCGCAAUAUAAAAAGAAAAAACCCAGAGUUGUUCCUGCUUUUACUAUUCAAGCUUUACAGGAAAACACUGUAGUUGCAAAACCUCCUCGAUAUGGAUUGUAUAAAACACAACCAUCUAAACCAUCAAUAUUUCGCAAGUUCUAUGAAGGUGGCGUUUUUCCAGUUGCAUUAGAAAAGGAUAAUUAUGGCACAAAACUUAGCUGGAAAGUUAAUAUUGUGGAUUUAGAUUUCCACCAUUAUUUGCCAUUAUUUUUUUAUGGUUUAACAGAAACUGAACAGCCAAUUAAAUUUAUAGUAGAACAAGGAAUAUCUGAUAUGUUAGAACAUGGGGGUUCAAAAGUGUUACCCGUUGUACCUCAAUUAAUAAUUCCUAUUAAAAAAGCCUUAAAUACAAAAAUGCCGGAAAUUAUUUGUACAACUUUAAGAGCCCUUCAGAAUCUUGUACGCUCGGUAGAUUGUGUUGGAGAAGCUUUAGUUCCAUAUUUUAGGCAAAUUUUGCCAGUUCUUAAUUUGUUAAAAGACAGAAAUGUAAAUCUUGGAGAAGGUAUUGACUACUCACAACAAAGAGGUGAAAACGUAUCAGAUAUGAUACAAGAAACUCUUGAAUUACUUGAAAUGUAUGGAGGUGAAGAUGCUUUUAUAAAUAUUAAAUAUAUGGUUCCAACAUAUGAAUCUUGCAUGAUGAAUUAA